AUGUUUUCGGCUUGGGAUUACUCAACAAUAAGAUUUCCUUGGCUUUCAUGUAUUUUAUGUGAAAAAGUGUUUCAACUCUUACCUCCAUACAAAUCAACUGAAUCUCAACGGUACGCACACACUUCAGCUAAUCAUACUGAACACCAGACAUGUUGUUGUUCUAUUACAAAAUAUGGUGUAGCACAGUGGUUAUUGCUGCCCAACAAUAAUAGAUGGUCAUCGGUUUGGUCUUUCGUUUCGGCAAGUCAAGCCUACUUUACUUACGGUGUCGAUGAAAUGGUACUAAACCUGUCCAGGAGGGUUAAAACACUGAUUAGUAUAUCGAUAGGAAAAUACAAGUCAUUCGGCUGGCUAGAUAUGUAUUCAGUCAUCUCUACGAUGUUAAGAAUCGAGUCUAGUGCAUGA